AUGGUCCAGUUUAUCAAGGCUUCCAAUUCCUAUGAUUUCGACUUCUCCACAGCUUCCUUCGCGUACAUGAACAAGUACCCGAACCCGUUUGCAAAGCAUGUUCGAAGCACAGACACCCUAGAACAGUAUGUGGACGAAAAUGGCAUGUUACGAACCACCAAGCUCGUGGUGAAGACGGGGCUGUUGCCGCUAUUUAUCAAGCCGUUUUUGGGCUCGUCGCUUGACUCGUGGAUCGUGGAGAAGCUGAUCAUUGACCCUAGGCUGGGGACCAUGAAGGCGUACUGUGCCAACGUGGACCACCGUAAGUUUAUCAAGGUGGAGGAGUAUUUGCAUUACCAGAGCGAGGGAGCUCGUACGCAUAUAUCGAGCAAAGUAAAGUUUUCGAGUAACUUUGCAGCGAUGAAGGAGAGAAUCGAGGUGUGGAGCCAUAACCGGUUCCAGAAGAACAUGAGUAACUCGCAGGAGGGUUUGAAGUAUGUGAUGAACAAGUUCAAGGAGAAGAUGCGUCAAGAACUGUGGGCGAAGAUUUGA